AGCGCCCGGCUCGGCUACAAAAGCCUCCUGCCCCCCUUCCUCAGCAGUCGCUCCACCCACCACCCACACCAGAACCACAACAGAUUUCCAAUCGACUUAUCCUCAAGCCCACAACCCAAUCAGCCCCAAACAACAACAACAUCCAAUCUCCAUCAUGCCCUUCACUGCCUCUGACAUUUGCAAGAUCCUCCUGGCCAUCGUUCUCCCACCGCUUGGAGUUUUCCUCGAGCGAGGCUGCGUCGCCGAUUUUUGGAUCAACAUCUUGCUCACCAUUCUAGGUUACAUUCCCGGGAUCAUUCACGCCCUUUACAUCAUUCUCAAAUACUAGUUCCUAGGCUAAUUGCCCCCCCGCCAAAGUGCUACAGUGUCACGAUCGACUAAGUUUUUGUCUUUAGCCUUCCGGGGUCAAGUCAUCAUUUGUUUUCUCUUACCUCCAUUUCUCCUCAUGAAACUCUCUUGUGCGACGUCUUAUCCAUAAACGAUUUCAAGAUUUCAAUCUAUCUCCAGAAAUUAAUCUUACUGUGUCGCGUCCCCCUGCGUGUGCAUUACUCAACCUACCCGUUCUCGUGCCGUUUUGCCUCGUGAGACGUGGUUCUUUGCUCUUACCAUUGCUUCCA